CGCUGAGCCAAUCAGAAACAAGCUAGAAGCAGAGCGUCAACACACAACACUCUGUUACGCUGAGUUGAGGUUAAAGCAUUCGCGAAAUGGAAAGUAAAAAUUUAUCCACAGAAUACGAGAAUGGUGUCGAACAAUCUCUACCAUUGAAUUCAACCACAUCGUUGGCGACAAAUGCGCCCGAAGAAAGUUCACGUGGAGCAUGGGAUAAUAAAAUACAGUACAUGUUUAUGGUGAUCAGCUACGCCGUCGGAUUAGGAAAUGUAUGGAGGUUUCCGUAUUUGUGUCAGAAACAUGGAGGAGGUGCGUUCCUUAUUCCAUACCUUGUCAUGUUGUUUGCAGAGGGGAUGCCUUUACUCUACCUGGAGUUGGCCAUUGGACAGAAAUUUCAAAAAGGUAGCAUUGGCGUAUGGAAUGCCAUUCAUCCAUUUCUUGGAGGAAUCGGUAUCGCAAGUGCCGUCGUCUCUCUGUUGUUAGCAAUCUAUUACAACGCCAUUAUUACUUGGUGUUUUUUUUACUUAUUCAAUUCAUUCCAAAAAAAUCUGCCCUGGGAAAAAUGUCCCUAUGAUGGCAAUGUGACUGUUGAAGAAUGUGACAUUGCUGGACCCUCUUCUUAUUAUUGGUAUCGAGAAGCACUGGACAUAUCACCUUCCAUUGACAUUUCUGAAGGGAUUAACUGGAAAAUAUUCGGCUGUUUCGUCUUUGCCUGGCUUGUGGUAUACUGCUGUGUAUGUCGAGGUAUCCAGUCUUCUGGAAAAGUUGUUUACUUCACGGCUACCUUUCCCUACAUUGUGCUGACAGCUUUUCUCAUUCGUGGAUUGACCCUAAAAGGAUCAGGCACUGGUAUCAGUUAUAUGUUUACACCAAAGCUGGAACGUCUCAAAGACCCAUUAGUUUGGCUUGAUGCUGCUGCUCAAAUAUUUUACUCUUUUGGUUUGGCUUUCGGUGGAUUAAUUGCCUUUGCCAGUUAUAAUAAACCAACCAAUAACUGCCAGAAUGAUGCCAUUCUUGUCUCCAUAUGCAACUGGUUGACUGCCAUCUAUGCGUGCCUCGUGAUCUUCUCAAUUCUUGGUUAUAAAGCCACCCUAAUGUUUGAACACUGUCUGUCAAAUAAUGCAAUUAAAAUCACAAAAUAUUUUCCUCACAUAAAUAUGACGGAAUAUGCUGAUCAAGCAGUUGACUACACAACUAUUGGAAUACCCAGUGACAAAUUGAAAGAUUUGGCUCUCGUCAAAUGUGACUUACAAGAAGAUUUGAACAAAGCUGCUGAAGGUACAGGAUUAGCUUUCAUUGUGUUUACACAGGCCAUUCUUGAGUUUGGCGAUUCUGCUCCAUUCUGGUCAAUCAUCUUCUUUCUAAUGCUUCUUGCUCUUGGUCUUGGGACAGAGUUUGCAACGAUUGAAGGGGUUGCUACAUCCCUCAGAGACGUUGCUCCUUUCGAAUGGAUGAAGAAACGCUGGCUGCUUUCUGGUGUUUUGUGUUUGUUCAGUUUUGUGGUUGGAAUCGUUUUCACGCUCAACAGUGGCGCUUACUGGGUUGAACUUUUCGACUUUUUCUCUGGAACAUUUGCACUAAUGAUUGUGGCCUUUUUAGAAAUUGUAGCAGUUUCUUACAAAUACGGUAUCAACAACUUUUGUAAUGAUGUAUAUGGAAUGAUUGGGAAGAGACCAAAUAUAAUUUGGCGUGUCUUGUGGAAGUUUAUUGCUCCUGCUCUUAUUCUCAUUCUUCUUGUGUCCACCAUUAUAAUGAAGUUUAUCGAUCCUGUUACUUACAAAGCUUACAACAAAAACGAGGCCACUUUGUAUGAUAUGCAGUACCCUCUCUUUGCUAGCCUCAUUGCUGGGUUCCUGGUCUUGCUACCGAUAGUUUGGCUGCCAGGAAUAGCUCUCACCCGGCGCUUUGGAAUGUUCAGAUAUGAACCAGAAACAGCACCAAUCGGUAUGGAAGGAAUCAUUAGUUCUAGAACAGCAUUUGUGGAUGUCACAGACAAUGCAUCUGAAAGUACAAAUGGUAGAAAAUCGGUGAUACAUGCAACUUCAGAUGGAACAAGACUAGCAAAGCCGAGAAGUGGAGAAAAUUUUAAUUUCAAGCAUUCUUAUGAAAAACAAUGCAGGAACAAAGAUGCAGAAAUUAUCACUGCGCAAUGCCAAAAAUUUUGAAUGAAAUUAAAUAAACAUUUUUAAAAAAUAAAAAUAUACUCCUGAAAAGGUUAAAAAAAAAUAAAAACAGACAUUAAAAAAUAGUUAUCUGAGGCUUGUAUAUUUUAGCAUCAAUCCUGUACAAAGAUGGAGACAUUUUGCAGUCUUACUCAAUGCUUUGUAUAUAGAUGUUGUGAUUGUCAAUCUAAAUUGUCACUUAUGCCUAUGACAUAAGGUGGUUCACUGAUUCAGUUCUUGUUAUGCUGAUACAGUACAGAUUAUCUGGGAGGAUUUGAGGAAAAAUUCACCAGAAUGUUAUGUCUUUGUAAUUAUAUUUCCAGGCAGCUAAUUAAAGUUUUUCUCUCUUACAUUCA